GUGGCCGCCCUCCCCCGCCGGGCUCCGCUAGCACAGCCGGUUCCUCUUUACAUAACGGCGCGGGGCGGAAUGGGCUCGGGCCACCGCCUCCGCCCGGCCGCCCGCCUGGACUAUCGCGGCCCGCGGUGGCAGCGGUGGCGGCAGCAGCAAAGUUUCCCCGGCGGCGGCCCGGGGGCGCAUCCUCCCGCAACUGUCAAGCACUGGCGGCGGAAAUGAUGAGACGCUGGCCAUUUUCCGAGCCCGGGUUUCCUGCCUGAGCCCCGCUCGAGCGAGCCGCGAGCCAGGAGCCGGCGCGCGGGAGGGAACGUGCCCGGGGCGGGGGCCCGCCCGCCCCCUCGGGAUUUCGAGGGGUCGGGGGCGCGCGACGCCAUGGGCCGGCCGGGCCCGGACCCCCUCUCUCUCAGCCUGGCCACUCCACCUCCGUCACCGCCAUGAACGGGCCCACCCUGCAGCCCUCCUCCGCGCCCUCCGCCUCCUCGUCCGCACCCGCGGCCCCGGCCCCGCGGGGCUGGAGCGAGUUCUGCGAGCUGCACGCGGUGGCCACGGCCCGGGAGCUGGCCCGGCAGUACUGGCUCUUCGUCCGCGAGCACCCGCAGCACGCGCCGCUGCGCGCCGAGCUCGUGUCGCUGCAGUUCACCGACCUCUUCCAGCUCUACUUCUGCCGCGAGGUGCGCCAGGGCCGGGCGCCGGGGCCACCGGCUCGUGACUACCGGGAGGCGGGCCGCGGGCCCCCGGCCAAGGCCGAGGCGCCUCCAGCCGAGCCCGACCCAGGCCCCGCCGCCCCUGCCCUGCCCAAGGCCCGCAGCUCGGAGGAACUGGCCCCGCCGCGGCCGCCGGCGCCCUGCGCCUUCCAGCACCUGCGCCAUAGUCUUCGCCACAUCAUCCGCCGCCGCUCGGCUGGGGAGCUGCCGGCGGCCGGAGCCGCAGGGGAGACCCGGGCUAAGCCCAGUCUGGCCCGGAAGCUCCUGCCCUGGAGCCUGGCCCGGGAGCCGCCGCCUGAGGUCCUCAAAGAGGCCGUGCUGCGCUACAGCCUGGCCGACGAGGCCUCCAUGGACAGCGGGGCGCGCUGGCAGCGCGGGAGGCUGGCCCUGCGUGCCCGAGGCCCCGGCGGCGCGGACCUAGUGCUGGAGCUCUUCGACCCGCCCAAGAGUUCAAAGCCCAAGCUACAAGCAGCCUGCUCCAGCCUCCAGGAGGUCCGGCGAUGCACACGCCUCGAGAUGCCCGACAACCUCUACACCUUUGUGCUGAAGGUAAAGGACCGGACAGACAUCAUCUUUGAGGUGGGAGACGAGCAGCAGCUGAAUUCGUGGAUGGCUGAGCUCCGGAAGUGCACAGGCCAAGGGCUGGAGAGCACAGACCCGGAGCUGCACGUUCCCUCCGCUCCGGAGCCUGGCCCGGCCAGCUCUCCCAGGGGAAGCACAGAUUCCCUGAACCAAGGUGCUUCUCCUGGGGGGUUGCUAGACCCCGCCUGCCAGAAGACAGAUCACUUCCUGUCCUGCUACCCCUGGUUCCACGGCCCUAUCUCCCGAGUGAAGGCAGCUCAGCUGGUUCAGCUGCAGGGCCCUGACGCUCAUGGAGUGUUUCUGGUACGGCAGAGCGAGACCCGGCGUGGGGAGUAUGUGCUCACAUUCAACUUCCAAGGCAUAGCCAAGCACCUGCGUCUGUCGCUGACCGAGCGGGGCCAGUGCCGCGUGCAGCACCUUCACUUCCCCUCGGUCAUGGACAUGCUCCACCACUUCCAGCGCUCGCCCAUCCCCCUCGAGUGUGGAUCGGCCUGUGAUGUCCGGCUGUCCAGCUACGUCGUGGUCGUCUCCCAGCCACCAGGUUCCUCCAACACUGUCCUGUUCCCCUUCUCCCUCUCUCGCUGGGAUUCAGAGCUGGGCCUUCCCCACCUUAGCUCCCACCUUAGCUCCUCUGGCUGUCCACGGGGGCUGGGCCCGGAGGGUCUCCCAGGCCGCUCCUCCCCCCAAGAGCAGAUCUUCCACCUGGUGCCUUCGCCCGAGGAACUGGCCAACAGCCUGCGGCACCUGGAGUCGGAGCCUGCCAACCGUGCCCGGGACUCAGACUACGAAAUGGACUCCUCCUCCCGGAGCCACCUGCGGGCCAUAGACAAUCAGUACACGCCUCUCUGACGGGCAGUGGACUCCCAGGCCACAGGGCCCUGAAGGAGCAAGCAAGCGGCAGGAACUGGUAUAAUGUACUUUCUUUCCUUCCUUCCUUUCAGAGAGAGUGAAGGGACAUUAACUGCUCCUUCCAUUUUGGAUGUGACCUUUACUAUUAGGCCUGUUAAAGGGCCUCCUGUAAGUUCCCACCUGGCUUUCUCCUUAUUGUUUACAGAUGUAGUUCUUGUCCGCAGAUGCCCUAGCUCCUGUCGGGCCCCCAGGACCAGCCCUGGCACUUGGGGUGGGGGUGGGGGGGUAAAGACCAGGCUGGCAGUGGAAAACUUUCUUACUGACACUGUCACAACUGAUGACAGACUUUCUACGUGGGGAACGGGGGUGGGGGGAAGGGGGUCCAUCAGGAAGCCCAAAACACUAACUAACAAGCCCUGGAUCCCUAUGGCUUUCCCGCACAGCUUCCUCCACAUGCAGCUCUGCGGCCCCCGCGCCUAUCCGCUUUGACCCAGCCUUACAACAGAGCUCUGACAGGACAGGCUAAAGGUCAAAAAUGAUUUUAAACAUUUUACCUCAGAUAAAUUUUUCAAAUGAUUCAGGUUUUAAAACUAAACCAUUGCUUAUUUCACUGCACUGUUUGAACUAAAACCCAUUCGAUUUUUGUAGUCAGACAGCUAUGCAACCCUCCUGGACUAGGGCUAAGCCAGCACCUGCUGCCGAGGAGCCACUGUCCUUCCUAAAUGUAAAGUGAAGCAUGUGGCCAUUUCAGAGAAAUCCAGGCAGUUACUGAACUAGGAGGGUGGCAAAUUCCAGUUCUACCUGGUGCCUUAGGAAUAAACAACUGGAUUCUGCUUCUGGCACUGCUCUAGCAAGUUCUCCUUCCCGGCAGGCUCAGCCCCCAGCAUACAAUGGCUCAUUCAAUUUUCCCACGAGGUUUUAGGCUCAAUCUGGUGCCAUGGCUGACAAGGAGCUGCUCUAACAGCUCAGCCAGUGCACUGUGCCAGCAGGUCCCGCUGCCUCUGAGGUGUGGGCAUGCACACGUACACCUCUUCACAAGUGACACCACUCACCUGGGGGCUGGCUCCUCCCAGAGAAGGCUCAGUGACGAGGGGCAGUGACAGUGUGAGGUCAGCUGCUCCUGGGACCAGCUCAGCUUUAACAUGUAUGAUACACGUCAAUUAGAGGCUAAACCAAACCUUGGCCUGAACUUAACUCCUGCCUGCCUUAUCUGGCCAGGGUCAGGGUUUUGUCUGCUCCCUCCAGCCACUCUCAGUAUUCUAAGAGGUCAGAGGUGAGACUUUUGCUUAUAGUGCUUAUAGAAUUUUCUGGUGGUUUUUUUUUUUCGGGGGGGGGGGGGUGCGCGCGGGGCAUCAACUAACCACCUCUUCACUUUUACUUUUAAAACCAACACUCCUGGGUGUUUCCACAGGUUGUAAAGCAGAUCCGACCCUGAUCCAAAUUUUCGGUCCAUUUCUAAGGACACUUUUUUUCUACAUGCCAAGCAGGUUUCACUAAGCAAAGCAUGAACCAGAGGAGCACGCACUAUUUUGAAUAUUUCUUAUAAGAUAAAGCUCAUCACAGAAAGUCCAUGCUGACAAGUCACUGGUGCAGAAAAAGGGCAAAAUAUACAAUGAAACACACCUACCCCCUCCCUCCACAUCUGGGCUAUGACAUCUUCAAGCCAGGGGCACCCACUUCUCAGCAGUCUCAGCAUAGACGUCUCAGGUAGUACCAAGAGGCAGCAAACUAGUGGCUCAGCUCUGACCCACUGGCUGCCAAGUACCAGCUCAGAUCCUAACAGAGAGCUGGAAGUCACCGCUCCAGGCUGCUCCAGUAUAAAUGUUCAAGGAAAGUAUUUCCUUUCCAAAUGUGUCUGAGUUACCAGGACACCUCAAAUACAUCCCGACAGAAAGCCCCGCCACAGCUGGGAAGGAGUGACCCUAAGCCAGGCCUCUCCUUUCUGCUAGAGCAGGUAGAGCUGGAGAAGAGGGAGCAGUGGGUCCCUGGGCUGAUCCCUCACAGUGACCCUGCUGGCCGUAGCUAGCCCACAUGCCACCCUCCUUCCAGUCCUGAUGUGACCAACGCUGGCCUCAAGAGGCCAAGCCAGCACCUCCACGGAAAGCCGGGCUGUGAGUGCCAAAGGGACAGUAAGUACUGCGACCGCUGCAGUUCUCUCCAACCAGACAACAGCCAGGGGACUGCUCUCAGCACCGUCACCUCCUGAAUCUGACUUUAACGAACUUUUACAAACUAACAGUCACCAGCACCAAAGAAUUAAGUCAACUAACCUGCCUUGAAUUUUAGACCAGCAAUCCAUAUGGCUUUAUCUGGUAUAAAUCUUCUGCCUCUGAUCAUUUCUGGACCGUGUAGGAAAAAGGAAUAGCAAUCAUUAAAAUCUUAGACCACAAAACACUAUUUUUAUAUAUAAAAUCAAGGCCUUGAACUCUUCCCUUCCCUAAGGGUUGCCUAAGAUUCCUUCAUGCUUUUAUUCAGGGCUAACUCUCCUAUUGCAAAUGUCAUGUGAGCUCUAACAUCUCCCACAGGUUAGAGGAACUUGGAUAUUUCCACUGCCUCUAACAAGGACACAUCUGUCACCUAGUGUUGGGCUGGAAUAAGCCACAACCACAUUGUAACAACACAGAAAAUGGGUUCAAUCUUGUAUCAUUACAGGCAGAAGAAGGUAUUUGGCAAAUUGUUAUAUAUUGUUUAUGUACUGUACAAGUAACUUAUUCUUGAAUAACAAAUUUUGCUAUAAUGUAUAAAUUGCUAUAUGUGAAUUAAAAAAUGUUUUCAGAA